AACCGCCAAAUGGCAGAGCAACGAGCAAUGUCACUAAAAAGGAAAUUCCAGAAGGAUCAGACCUAUGCAGCUGAGUAUAAAGGCUUUAUGAGUGACAUUAUCAAAAAAGGAUAUGCAGAGAAAGUACCAUCGGACGAUCUACAUGUGGAAAACGGCAAAGUGUGGUAUAUACCCCAUCAUGGUGUCUAUCAUAAACGUAAAAAAACGAUCCGUGUGGUCUUUAAUUGUGCAUCAUCCUAUAAAGGCAAAUCCCUCAACAGUGUACUCCUUCAGGGCCCUGACUUGGCAAACUCAUUGAUUGGUGUUCUACUCAGGUUCCGUCAAGAGCCCAUCGCCAUUAUGGCAGAUAUUGAGGGGAUGUUUCACCAAGUGCGUGUAAACGAGGAGAACAUAAACUUGCUGAGAUUCCUGUGGUGGCCUGAAGGAGAAACCAGCACAAAUCUGGAGGAAUACCGGAUGAGGGUCCAUCUCUUCGGAGCUGUUUCCUCUCCAAGCUGCGCAAACUUUGCAUUGCGAAGAACAGCUGAGGACAACUGUGGCAAAUUUGAUGGAGAAGUGGCAGAAACAAUCAAAUCAAAUUUCUAUGUGGAUGAUUGCCUCAAGUCGCUAGCAAGAGAAAAUCAAGCUAUAAGCCUUAUUAGGUCUCUCAGAGAAAUGUGUUCCCUUGGUGGAUUCAAACUGACGAAAUGGAUAAGUAAUAGUCGAGUGGUGCUAGAAUCCAUCCCUGAUGAAGACAAGGCUAAACAGGUGAAAAACUUGGAUCUGGACAGGGAUAAGCUGCCACAUGAAAGAGCACUAGGGAUGUACUGAGACAUUGAAAAUGAUAUAUUCAGUUUCCGUGUGACUGUGAACAACAAAACCCUUACAAGAAGGAGUAUACUUUCCACUGUCAGCUCUGUGUACGAUCCUCUUGGUCUUCUCGCCCCUUUCAUAUUGAAGGCAAAGCAAAUACUUCGAUUACUCUGUAAAGCCCAAUAUGGAUGGGAUGAAGAAAUUCAGGUGGAACUCUCAAAACCAUGGCAGAAAUGGCUCAAGGAUUUAGACCAGCUGGCAAGAUUCCAAAUUGACAGGUGUGUAAAACCCAAGAACUUUGGAAGAGUGAAAACUGCACAGCUACACACCUUUUGUGAUGCAAGUGAAGAAGGAUACGGUACCGCAAGUUACCUGAGAUUCACCAAUGACAUGGAGGAGGUACACGUAGCCUUUGUGAUGGGAAAAUCAAGAGUUACCCCACUAAAAGUCAUGACAAUUCCAAGGUUGGAACUCACUGCUGCUACAUUGGCUGCACGAAUGGACAAAAUGCUUCGAUCAGAGCUACAAGGAGAGCUUUUGGAAUCAGUAUUGUGGACUGACAGCCAGUCAGUACUGAAAUAUAUUCGAAACAGGACUAAGAGGUUCCACACUUUCGUGGCAAACCGGAUUGCUGUUAUUCAUAACCUCACAAAAGUGAACCAGUGGCGGUUUGUAGACACCAAAAACAACCCCGCUGAUGACUCUUCAAGAGGACUGAGCAUUGAAUCCUUUUACAGUUCAAAAGGAUGGCUUCAGGGUCCAGAAUUCUUGAAGAAAUCUGAAGCACAAUGGCCAAGUAUUCCAAAAGAACUUGGUUCUCUCCUUCCAGAUGACCCUGAAGUACGCAAAGAAGCGAUUGUCACCAGCAUUGUCACAUGUAAGAUGGAAAAAACUCCAACAAGUAAGCUCUUGGACUAUUAUUCUUCAUGGAAUUACCUAAAAAGAGCUGUUGCAUGGAUAAUGAAAUUAAAGACAAUCCUCCUGCAGAUGAGAGAAAAAAGAAAAGAUGACUCCAAUGAUCUUGGAGCAAGGCAGGAUAAAGGAAAGAGACUGAAGGAUCAGAUGCUUCUGCUCAAUAUGCCUACAGCUAAUGCACUAAGACUUUCAGUAGAGGACACAGAAAAUGCUGAAAAAGCCAUUAUUUGCCACGAGCAGAGACAGCAUUUCAAAGAGGAAAUUGCCUUGCUGGAAAAAGGAAAACAGUGCAAUAGAGGAAGCUCCCUAUACAAGCUGGACCCUAUCAUUGAUGCCGGGCUUCUGAGAGUUGGAGGAAGAACUAGAAAGAUGGCUAUGCCAACUGAGGUCAAACAUCCAAUGAUUCUACCGAAACAUUCUAAUAUCUCCAAGUUGAUAUUAAGCCACAUCCAUAAUCAAGUUGGUCACUCAGGAAGAGGUCACAUGCUCUCCAAACUCCAUCAACGUUACUGGCUAUCCACUGCUAACUCUUCAGCAAGGAGGAUCAUAAAGAACUGUGUGUUUUGCAGACGCCUACAGGCUAGAGCUGGAGAGCAGAAAAUGGCCGAUCUCCCACUUGAUCGAAUAACACCUGAUCUUCCACCUUUCACUCAUGUAGGCAUAGACUAUUUUGGACCCAUCGAGGUGAAACGUGGCCGAGCUCAUGUCAAAAGAUGGGGAGUAAUCUUUACCUGCCUGGUAAGCCGUGCUGUCCACCUGGAAGUUGCCAGUCAUUUGGAUACAGCUGCAUGCAUAAACGCUCUUCGUCGAUUCAUCUGUCGUCGUGGCACAAUAAAGAGCAUCAGAACAGAUCGAGGCACCAACUUCAUCGGCACACAAAAGGAACUGGAGGAGUCUGUAAAACAACUGGAUAACAACAAAAUCAAGCAAACACUACUCAAAGAAGGAAUUGAUUGGACAUUCAAUCCCCCCUCCGGAGCUCACCAUGGCGGAGUGUGGGAAAGGCUAAUACGACUGGUUAAAAAGAUCCUCCAUUCUGUCCUGAAGGAACAAACAUUGGAUGAUGAUGCUCUGCACACAGCCUUGUGUGAGGUUGAGGCAAUAAUGAACGAUAGGCCAAUCACAACAGUGACAAACGACCCAAACGACCUUGAACCCCUCACACCUAAUCACCUACUUCAGUUAAGAACAAAUCCAAUCUUGCCCCCCGGACUCUUUCAGAGAGAGGAUCUGUACUCACAGAGAAGAUGGAAACAGGUGCAGUACCUUGCUGACCUGUUUUGGAAGCGCUGGACCAGGGAAUAUCUUCCUUUGAUGCAAGAACGGCACAAAUGGAAUACUAUCAAAAGAAACUUCACCCCCGGAGACCUGGUCGUCAUCAUUGAUGAGAACGCACCGAGGAACACUUGGCUCCUGGGACGCGUAGUUAAGACCCUUCCUGGUUCAAAAGGACUUGUUAGGAGUGUCCUGGUUAAAACCAAGACAAGUACGAUCGAAAGACCCAUAACUAAGUUAUGUCUGCUCCUGGAGGCGACAGACUGAGCCUACUAAGCCUUAGCCUUUCAGUCACGUGCACCUCUGACUGUUAGACCAAAGGACUAGACUCUUGGUCUCCUACCCCCUCCCCAUCAAAGGCUGCCUUUUGAACGCAGACCAUUACAGACAAUUAGUACUAGACCUACACACUCCAGUACUAGUCUUACAUGGACUUGAAAGUAUACAAUAUACUAUGGACUUAAGUAUACAAAUAUGCUACGGAUGGACGUUAUGUUUUGUUAAAAUGACUCUGUUGAUGUACUAUUAUUGGUAAUUGCUAUGUAAUAAGCAAUUAGGGGCUGGUAUGUUAGAGCCAUUUUACCUUUUGUUAUUAUUGUCUGAAUGUUGGGCUUAAUAAUAAUAUAAAUUAGAUUAUACUGUAAAUUAUUGGCUAUUUUUGUGAGUCACAUUAUGGUUUAAAAUGCAUUAAUUUAAGGCUCACUUAUUAUUUGUUAUAUGUGCGUCAGUAUCACGUGCAUGGCUAUGCCUAUAUAUGGUAGGUUGAUAGGACACAGCUGGGGGUGAUAGAGGGGGAAAUGGAAAAGUCUUUUGACCGUGUUCUUUUUGUUACUUUGGAAAAUGAUACACUUUUGAGUUACUAUGAAGCGAAGAAAUGUGUCCUCCUGUAUGCACCGUGUGGAUCAGUGAAUAAAGCUCAUCUGAUUCAA